AGCAGGACGGCCGCUCGGUCUCUGCUGGUAUUGCUUAGUGUUAUGGGUGAUACAGAAGAAGCUAAAAUGCAGAUAACACCAGAAACUCCAGGGCGAGUCACAAUCCUGAAUCCUUUUGAAAGUCCCAGUGAUUAUUAUACUCUUCAGGAGCAGAUUGUUUCCAGUCCACUGGUCCUUAAGUCAACGAAAUCCUCAUCUACACCAGGAAAAUUCAGGUGGUCUAUUGAUCAGCUUGCUCUAAUAAAUCCUGUGGAAAUAGACUCGGAAGACAUUCGACGCCAAGGAAUGUAUUUGAACCAUGCUGGAAUUGAUAAGGAGACAGAAGACAGAAGGCAAAAAGCUAUUGAGGAGUUUUUCACAAAAAAACUCAUAGUUCCUUCUCCUUGGACUGAACAUGAAGGCAAGCAAGUUUCUCAAUUUAAUUCUACUAAAUCCAUAGAUAUAAAUAACAUUUCUCCAAUUGGAAGACAGCUGAGCUUGCAGCCUGGGAAAAGCAACGCUGCUUGUCAGACAGUACUGUCUUUGCCAGUGGAUUUUAAUUUAGAGAAAAUGCUAGGUGAAUAUUUUAGAACUGAUGAAUUUGCAGAUCAGUCCCAGGAAAAUCUGAGUUCUUCAUCACUCAGAAGAAAGCUGUUUUUGGAAGAAAAUGGGAAUGUAUCUGCAUGUUUGUCACCUUCUCUGCAUAGUCCAUGUGGUAGUCAGCCACUUGGAGUGCUUUGUUCAAUAGAAUUAUCUCCAGUCCGGUGCAGAAGCCCCCUGGACACAUCUAGUUCAGGUCAGUUUUCAUCAAGUCCUAUUCAGGGAGGAACAAGAGCUUAUAGUCUGGGAAGUAUAACCAGUCCCCCGUUUUCAGAAGGGUCUCCUGCACAUAAUGGUUCUCCUGCUUUUUCACCAAUUGCUUUUCACAUAAGAAAAACACCACUCUCAGACCAAAGAAAAUUUACAUUUCGUUCUCCAGAUAUUCCUUCUUCCUCAAAUAGAAUGACACCCUCAAGUACAAGAAGUCCUUACAUAGAUGGUUGUUCUCCAAUUAAAAAUUGCUCUCCUAUGAGGCUUGGAGCCUGUAGAGGAACUGCCCAAUAUCAGACUUCUGUCAUUAGAAUACCAAUUGCAGUUGAGAAUCAGGAUGAGGAUGAGGAAGACAAGGAAAACACUUCUCCAGCAGAAGCUCGGUUCCCAGAAAUGGAUAAUGGAAUAAACUUACAUCAGGAAGACAGUGAUGCUUUUUCACAUGGUACACAUCUUGUGGUGGCAACUGUGUCUAUUGCACCAGAUCACUCAGAAAGUUGUCAUCAAAGGUUGUCAUCAUUUAGGGAUAUAGAGGGCUUAAAGGAAAAUAAUACUGUAGACAUGGCUGAUGCAGCUGAAGUCUCAGAUGAAAACACCUGGAUAAAAGAAACAAUUGGCAAUAGCAAUACAGCAAUGACCAGCUUUAUGACAGGCAUUACUUUCAGUAUUGAAAGCUCUCGCAUGUGCAUGUCACCUCUUGCAGAAAGCAGUGCAAUUCCUUGUGACAACAGUAGUAUUCAGGUGGACAGUGGUUACAAUACACAGACUUGUGGAAACAGCAUUAUGGAUACUGCGGGGGCUGAAAACAGUUGCAGAGAAAAUGAUGUGAAUACUGUUGUGUUUCAGAAUAAAUCUCAGCUGAUUAGAACAAAGGAAUGUUCUGUUUUAAGCCGUAAGGACAAUCAGUUGCUGAGAACAAAAUCUCCAGAGAAGCAAUCCUGUUUUCAAAAAGGAAAAACACAUAGCACAGUAUUUGGUCAAAAUGCAACUUGCAACAUUUCUGCUUGGAAACAUAAAAAUGAAAAUCAAGUUCAGGGAUUUCACAAAAGUGGUAUGUAGUUUUCUGAUGGAGAACUUAAAGCUGUGGUUUCUAAUAAAUUUUUAUAUAUAUGACCUCAAUUACCUGGAUUAUACAUACUAUUUUGCUUUUCUAAUGUAAGUGUAAUAAACUGUUUAGUAUAUAUUAAGGGAGUUAUUAAAUAAUGUGGGAUUUUUCAGGUCUUAUUAUGGAAUUUAUUAUUGUCAUGAAGUGAUCCUUUUUGAAAAUUAAGGUGUCUAUAUUUGGUACAGAGAAAUAAGAGGUUUUUUUAGACGUAUUCCUUCUGUGACUUGGGGGGAUUCCAUGAGCAGCCUAGGAUAACUUGCAUAGGAAUCAGUAUAACUGCAAAAUCAUUUACAUUUUAAGAUUUGUCCCUCCUAAAGGCAUAAAGGACAUUCUUCUUUGUGGGAAAGAAAAAGUGAAAAGGGUAUUAGUCUAGUUUUGGAUUGCUUUUCUCCAACCAGAUAUAAUGUGUGGCUUCAUAAAUACUACCACUAGUACCAAGAGUAAGUCACUGGACAGUAGUGAACUGCUAGAGUGUGAUGAGAGCAAACGCCAAGUUUAGUUCUCUUAGAAAUAUAAAAUGAGCUUUGUGUCAAAAGAAGCUGUUUAGCAAUUCUCUGAACAGCUUUUUCCUUGGUUUGACAGAAAUCUGUAAUGUCAGUCAGGUUUACCAGGUACUUAAGUAAAAUGCAUUACUGGUUACCUUAAAAUUAAAAGGUACUGUUGUUGUUUGGUAAUUGUGUUAGUACUAAACUUGGAGUUGAUCUCCUGACACUACUAGUGUCUCUGAAGAACACUUGUGUCCAGAUUGAUGCUCUGGUACUCUUUGAAAGGAACCUAAGAAGGUGCAAUAGGAUUCAUUGGUCUCAGUACAUCACUAAGAAAAUAGUGCAGCCUUUCUUCUAUAAGAGUAAACCAUUACAUUUUUACUUUAGUCCUUUGUUUAAUUCCUAGAAUUAUUAUGUUGCUUAAAGAAUUACCAAAAUAUUUAGAUAAAUAGUUAAAA